CAAUCAUCUCAUUUUCUAAUCCACCCUAAUCAACCCCUUGCCUAACUACUAUUUCUCCACCCAACCAUCCCAUUCCCUAAUUACUUCAUCGCCAAACUACCCCAUAUCCCAUACAGGUCUGCCUCAACUGACUCAGACCCCAAAUACUCUGUACACACUCUUCCAUGUCAUUUUUUUUCUGCAAAUUCAGAUCUUGCCACAACUAGCACCAUUCCCUGCUACCCAACUCUUUACAAAUCUGCGCUGGCUCUCUCUGAUGCUCAGUCAUUUUGAAUUUGUGGGCUCAAACAAACUAUUGACAGCAGAUAGUAACUGGUAUUGACAGCAGAUAGUAACUGGUCUGUGAUUUCCUGAUGGAGCUUACAUAGAUUUUCUUAAAUAGCUGACUGUUACGCACAGUUAUUCUGUGUCCAUCCUCCACGUUUCCCUCAACACAUCUUCAUUGCUCCCGACUGUGUCUUUCCCAAAUCCUCCACUACUCACCCCACCUCUGUCCCUACCAUAGCUCCCCCAUUAAAUAUGCAAGACUAAUAUUUUCUGGAAUGAUAAGUGAAUACUGAUUUUUUUUUCCCAAGGCAAAUACCAUAAGAGUGUCUCUGACUCUUGAUGUACAGAUCACUGAGGCAACUUGUGAAAACAGAUGCUCCAAUUUAUCAAGUCAAAGCUGAAAAUUAAAUAGUGGACUGUCAGAAACGAGCUUCUGCCAUGUCCAACCUCCUUCACCUUGAAAUGGUACAAGAAACAGAGCAAAAUCUCAUUAGUGACACAUCUGAUGGUGCAAAGUAUUUGUCAGUCUCUCCUCCUCCUCCUCCUCCCCUCCCUCCAUCCUUGCUGCCCCCUCCUUCUGAACCAUCCGGAAAGAAAUUAUAUCAGAUUCUUGCUCAAGACCGAUUACCAGUAGCUGGAGAGCGGGAGGAGGUUAAGAUGCUGGUCCAGAGCAGACUCGACAGUUUCAGUAAAGAUUUGAAAUGGCUCCUUAUUAAUAAAUACAUCCCCUCGCUGAUCCAGGAUGGUCCACAGUGUGGACUGGUGGCUCUGUGGAUGGCUGGACAUUUGCUGAAUCUGUGCGAAGUGCAGGGUCUGAAUGAGAUAGUGGACUCUGCGAAGGCCAAAGGUUACACUGUUCAAGGAGAGAUGUUUUCAGGUGCGAACAUGGUGAAACUGGCCAAGGAAGUUUUCCAUUGUCAUGGUGAACUACUCAAUGAUGGCUUAAUGGGAACUAAUAAAGCCAGAAUAAUGCAGCACCUCCUUGCUGGUUAUCCUGUAUUAGUACCGUACGAUGAAGACUUCAACCAUGAGCCCUGCCUGUGCAAAGGGCAUAAAGCUCACUGGGCAGUGAUUUCAGGAGCAUUGCUGGGAUUGAAGUGUGAACUAUCAGAAGACUUGCAUGAAGCAGAUCCUGAUAUUCCUGGGCUGUUUUAUCGACGUGAGAAUGUGUCUGGAGCUAAUUACUCUGAGGACACUGUUGUUGAGAUUUACCUAGUGGCCAAGCAAGGGAAGAGUCUGAAGUAUCAGCUGUGGCCGUACGACAGAGUGCAUAACAGUAAUGUGCAGCUGAGAGAGUUUAGCCCAAAGCGAGUGUGUGAUGGGACAGUCUACGUUAUCCCUGAUGGUGGAGUGGAGUCAGGAUUGUGUGGGGUGGUGAUACUCUUGCAACCAUUGUCCCAGGCACAAAACAAAAGCUAGUGCUGGCAUUGACUUCGUAAAAGAGAUUUUAGUUAAAUAGUACCAUUCAAGAAGUCGGGGUAUCUUAAGGUGCUUUCUCAUAAAGCUUAAUAUCUUGCAAUGAUUAUAUAUAAGGAUAAUCAGUUCGUUUGCUUGCUCCUGCAAAGUGCUCAGUUUUGCAUUAGAGGAUCUGCCAGCCUUGAUUAUGCAAGUGGAGCUGGCGAAUCACUGCUGAUUUAACUGGCUAUGUUCCAUUAGGUUAUACAUUUAACUCCUACUUGGAAGAACAUGCAACAGAGUGUUGGUUGCAAAGAGAUUUGUGCCAAUUAUUUCACAUUUCAAACUAUUCAGGUGCAGCAUGCCACAGGUGCCUUUGAACAAGCUCAGAGCCAAUUGUGCAAAUAAAAUGUAAUAAGGCAACAAGGUUUCUCCUGGUUUACCCUCAUUCUCUGCAAAUCAUUAAGUCUGUUUCCAUACUGUGUGACUCUUCGGUCCAACUAGUCCAUACUGACCAUAAUCCCAAACUAACGUAGUCCCACCUCCCUGCCCUUGGCCCAUAUCCCUCCAAACAUUUCUUAUUCAUGCACUUAUCUAAAUGCCUUCAAAACACUAAUUGUACCUGCAUCCACCACUUCCUCUGGCAGUUCAUUUCAUACAUGAAUUGCUGUCUGUGUAAAUGAAUUGCCCCUCAUGUCUUUUUUAAAAUCAUUCUCCUCUCACUUUAAAUGUAGGCUGCCUAGUCCUGAAAUCCCCCACCCCAGGGAAAAUACAUCUGCCAUUCACCUUAUCUAUACCCCUCAUUAUUUUAUAAACCUCUAUACGUCACCUCUCAACCUCCUGCGCUGCUGUGGUUCCAGCCUCUCUUUCUAACUCAAACUCUCCAUUUCCAGCAACCUUGGCUACACGUUUCAAGUGUUUCACUUGUCUGUCACACGGACAGAAGAGUAUGAAUAAGAUUAAUGCCAGUAUUAUUUGCCAUAUGAGCUUUCUGGGGUAGAACACUCUGAACUAGUAAUUCAGUAUAACUAUGCAGCUAAGAGGUUGUUAAAGUUUUGGAAUGGGAGUCAUUAAAAGUUCACAGGCUUUGGAAGGAAUUCAUGAACUACUUUUUUUUUGCUUUUGACAUAUUUUCUAAUCAAUCUGUUCGGAGCUGUUAUUAUACACCUCUGGAGCCAAUAGAACCUGAACUCAGUCCCCCUAACUCAGCAAUAUGGACAUUACCGUUAUGCCACAAGAGCCCCCUCAAAAUUCUGGUCAGGAUGUGUUCUUCAGAUAUUAUCUUAUCACUCUGUUCAGAGAUGUUACAACACAAUACUUGAACCUGGGCCUUUUGGCUUAAGAGAUAUGGACACGGCCACUGCACCCAUAGGUUCUAUAGGAACUGAAACUCCUCACAUUGUUAACUGAAGGCAAUUGCCAAAUUAGUGCUAGACUGUUAGCACAAUUAUUGCCGAAAACCAAUACUGAGUCAGGGAUCUUUAGAUCCUCAGUCAAUGCUAUUUUCUAAUCAACCUAUUCAGAGAUGUUAUUACUAUGCAUGUCAUUGUAAUACCAUGGAAAGGGUGAGUCUUGAACUCAGCCCUCCCAGUUCAGGGGUAAGGACAUACCACUAUACCAUGAAGGCUCAGAU